UGCUCAAUGAUCGGUAGUCGCCGUCGUGUGGUCGUCUUGACCAUAGUUCUUUCUAUUCUUGUUGUCUUUGUCUUAUACUUAACUAAUAUAAAACAAGUGACGCCUCUCGCCAUAUCAGUUGACGACCAAUCUGUGCGAAGGCUCAAACAAGAAGAGAUUCGGAAGAGAAACAUUCACAAUGAUCGUGAGUCAGUCGUUCAGUCUAGGAGAAGAACAGAGACAAUCAAGCACCCAGUCGUUAAUUCUUUAGUGGAAAAUGGCAAAACUGGUCAGUCGGCCACUCAGUUACGGUCGGUAAACGACGAAGGUGAUCAGUCAGUGAGUCAGUCGAUUGCUAUGGUGAAUAUUAGUCAUCCAGCCGCUCAGUCGGCGGUCAAAGACGAGAAAGCCGCUCAUUCGACGACUCAGUCACGGAAUGCAAGACAGAACAUUCAGUCAGAUGUUUCGUCCCUCACUGUCAGAGAGAAACAGAAGCAAACGACUCGCACACCAGAACAAACCAGAGACAGCGAAAACAGUAAGACUAAAACGGCACCUAAAGAUGCGAUGUCUCAAGAUUCUCGUACGAAUGGUGAUCAGACUGUGGUUGCAAAACAAGGAGAUGGAAAGUCUUGUGUUGAUGUGGGAGCUCUGUUGCAGAGAAAAGAAUUUAGUGAUGUGAAAGUGAAGGGAAAGUAUAAACCGGAAGUGCCAGCUCUCUUGACAGCUCAGAGUAGCACAGUAUCUGAUGUGGUUGCAAAAUGGUGGAAUCAUUUGCAACCAUUUAAACCUGAUUUACCAUUUGCCGAAGUCACCAAACAACUCUUUCAGUUGAUUCCAAGUGAAAAUCCAUUUCCUCAUAUCCCUGGUCAGUGCCGUCGAUGUGCAGUAGUUGGCGGGUCUGGAAACCUUAUUGGCACCGGCUAUGGCUCACUUAUUGACUCAAAGGAUGUUAUAAUAAGAAUGAAUAAUGCUCCUGUGAAAGGUUAUGAGAAAGACGUUGGGGUGAAGACUACUCAUCAUAUUGUGUAUCCAGAAAGUGCUCGUUUUUAUCGAGGUUUUCGGUCAAGUGGAAAGUUGGUUUUAUUGCCAUUCAAGCUGUUGGAUAUUGAAUGGUUGAUAAGUACACUUACCACUCAUCACAUCUCAAGAGGUUGGACACGUGUUCCAACACGUCUAGACUUGACUGGGAAAGAUGCGAUGGUUAUUCACCCCGAGUUUCUCUAUUACGCUCGUCACACUUGGUACGAGUCGCAAGGUCGUUGGCCGUCGGCCGGCGCCCUCGCAAUCGUCUGGGCCAUCCACAUAUGUGACGAAGUCAACGUGUUUGGGUUUGGUCGUAAUCGAUUCGGCAACUUCCAUCACUACUACGAGAAGGUGGAGAGGACGGGAAAGGAUCCUUUCCGACAGACUGGGGUCCACAAUGCAGACAUCGAAGAGCAAGUGAGGGCAGCGUUAGACAAAGGUGGAGCGAUCAGGUUUCACCCCGGUACUUAUGUCACGGAAACGGUUACAAUAUAUCGUAUGUUUAUUAUGAGUCUUGUGUUGGCACGAACUAUAGCUGCUUUGGAUGUGAGGACAUGUGUGUCUGCUGGUGUACCUGGAGUACCUGGAUCACCUGGAGUUAAUGGAUCACCCGGACGAGAUGGAAUGAAAGGAGAAAAAGGAUUGAAGGGAGAGAAAGGAUUCGUUGGAGAUGUUGGUGGUAAAGGUAAUGCUGGGAAGAUAGGUCCACGAGGUCCACAAGGUCCACAAGGAAUAAGAGGAGAAACAGGCCCAGGAAGAAAGGGAGAGAAAGGAGAAGCUAUGAUGCUUAACUGGAAACAGUGUGUGUGGCAUAAACCUGAUGAUAAAGAUACUGGUCUGAUUCAGGUUAUUCCAACUCGAUUUGUGAUUACAAUUAUCAAAAUGAAACAUGACAGCAAUUCAGCUUUACGUGUUGUGUAUGCAGGAUCUCUCAGAGUUUACUGUCGCAUAGUGGACCUACAACCAUCGAAGGAGUUGUGUUUGGAGAUCCAGCUAAAGAUAAUCCUCACAGGCAUACACAGAUUGAGGGAUACUUCUAUAAUGAAUACGGUUCCUGUGGUUGGAUAUGAGGUUGAUGUGGGCUUAAAGUGUACACAUAAUAUUGUGUAUCCCGAGAGCUUGUGGGUAUAUCAGAAUGUCUCUGCAAGUGGGAAGCUGCUACUCAUGCCAUUCAAGCUGUUGAAUUUUGAUUGGCUGAUUAGCAUAUUUACAACACACAGUAUCUCGUGGGGAUGGAGAAAGGUUCCUACUCACUUGGCACUGUCUCCAAAAGAUGCUGCAAUAUUGCAUCCAAAUUUUGUUCAUUACGUACAAACUAAGUGGCUACAGACAAAUGGUCGUAAGCCAUCUGCUGGCAUGCUGGCUCUCAUUCUAUCUCUUCAUGUCUGUGAUGAGGUUGACGUUUUUGGCUUUGGACGUAAUCAGUAUGGCAACUGGCAUCAUUAUUACGACAAAAACGAAAACAAAAACGUCAAUCCCUUCAGACAUACCUGAGUACACGAUGCUGAAACUGAAGAGGCGGUGAGAGUGGCUUUACACAAAGCCGGUGUGAUUCGAUUUCAUGCAGGAAGGACUUGACUUUUGUGACUGUAUUUAAUAUUUAUAUAUAAUAUAUAUACACAUAUAAUAUUUAUAACAGUGUUUGAUAUCAAUGAGUGAUUGUGUAUGUUUUGCUUUCGAUAUUUGGUCAUAGACUCGGACUUGGACUGAAUACUGUUGAUGGUUACAUAGCAGAAUGUGUUGAUUAUAUAUGGUAUAGUCAUCGGAACAUCAAAUUGUUGUUGAUGUCGUUUCUGUUUAGCUGAUUUCAGAUAUAGCAACUUGCUAGUUACAAUAGUUAAUUAUUUAUUACUUGUUAAUAGAUAAUAAAUAUUUUAUUUAUUGGUAAUUAAUAAAUAAUAUAAUUAAUUAUUUAUUGUCUGUCUGUCUGUCUGUCUGCUUGACUAUUUGUGUGUUUGUCUGUAAACAGGAUAUCUCUUGAACAUCUUCAUCUAAGAUAUCAAUAUGAAAUAUCAGAAUAUAAAGAUUUUGCUAAAAAUCACCAGAUGAGUUUGAAAUCGGCACUCAGACUCUGAGAUCAUUACAAAUUUAGACUAAAAGAUGGCUUUUAGUUUAAAUUGUUUUUAUUGCACUUGUGGUGAUGCAGUUCUCACAUUAGAGCAAUGGGACACCUACCAUACUAUACUAUCACAUUAUUGAUUUGAUGAUGUUGUGUUGAAAGCAGAUGUCCUGAUUAACUGUGCAUGUAAUAUCAUAGUUUGAAGUGUACCAGUGGACUGUUUAUAUUGCAAGAUGUGGAUUAUGUAUAGAAGUUGCUUUUGCCUAUAAGAGGUCACAGACAUUGUGUUGUUCAAUCAUCAUUGACUUUUAUGGAAGGAUGUCUUGUUUGGGUGUCUGCUGCAAUGAGUUCAUAAAUGAGGUACAGGGUAGCUUAUCUUUGAUGGUUUGUGGGUCAUUGCAAUUAGAAUGUUUGCAGAGAAGACCAGAGAAGACUGUGGUUUCUAUGACAAUAGAGACACAAGCUGUUGGGUAGCAAGUUGAUAAGGGAAGAGCUGGCUGAGGGAAAGUGUUUGAGACCAUGUUUGGUAGACAAUCUUUACGGACAUCAGAUUUUAUGGAAAUGUCUUGUGUUGCUACCUAUAGCUAUAUUUGCUAGUCGGAUGUGAGGGUGUGUGAGGAGGAGUAUAUAAGAGCAAGCUCACCAGCUCACUUCAUCAGUAUCGAGGAUAUCGGUCAUCAUCAUGUUUUCAUUGUUUGUGACAGUUCUUGUGCUCAUUCAAGUCAUUGCUACUUCUGCUGGUCAAAGUGUGUCAGAUGAGAGAAAUCAGCAGACAUGUGUGUCUGCUGGUGUACCUGGAGUACCUGGAUCACCUGGAGUUAAUGGAUCACCUGGAGUUAAUGGAUCACCUGGACGAGAUGGAAUGAAAGGAGAAAAGGGAAUGAACGGAGAGAAAGGAUUAGUUGGAGAUGUCGGUGGUAAAGGUAAUGCUGGGAAGAUAGGUCCACAAGGUCCACAAGGUCCAGGAGGGAUGAAAGGAGAAACAGGAAGGAAAGGAGAGAAAGGAGAAGCUAUGCCACUCAACUGGAAACAGUGUGUGUGGAAUAGAAAUGAUAAUAAGGACAGCGGUCUGAUUCAGAACUGUAAUUUUAGGAAACAUGACAGCAAUUCAGCUCUACAUGUUGCAUAUGCAGGAAAUCUCAGGGUUCGAUGUACCAGUGGUGAUUGCUGUUCUCGAUGGUAUUUUACAUUCAACGGUAACGAGUGCAGUGGACCUAUGACUAUUGAGGGAGUUGUGUAUAGUAGACUACAUGAUGAUCCUCACCGUCACAGACAGAUUGAGGGAUACUGUGAGAACAUUCGAGCAGGUCAAGUCACAAUUGGAUUCAACAUUGGAAACUGUAACAAAUGGAGAUCAACAACGUAUGAUGGCUGGACAGGAUGGGCAUCAGUAUCUCGCAUUAUGGUUGCAGAAGUUCCUCCAUCACAAAAGUGACUGAAUUAGAGAGGAAUUAGAACUUGUCUUUAGUAUAGUUUGCAGUACGUACAGUACGAGGUAGCUGAAGUAGGAGGCUGGACUGCUGGUUUAAUUAUGCUCAGUGUUUCUCUUUGUUGUCUCUGAAUGUCUAGCUAUGAUACCUAUAGAUGCAUGUGAGGUAGCGCGGAAUGAUGAAGUACUAUAUUAGUCUUAGACCAAAUAAUGCAAAUAGACUUUGUCUCCAUAAUCUCAAUGUUUGAUAUUUAGUAAGAAUUCUAGUUGGUCGAAUGUGAUGUUGGCCUGCC